AUGAAAAAUCUAGAGGGUCAACAAGGGCCCCGCUGCCAAUUUAGCGGGGAAGCAUGCUCGACAGAGUCGCCUCACUAUCGCAAGGUCAUCUCCCAUAUUUUUGGGAGGAAUAAACGAUGCACGAUUGGCGUCCCGGAUUUCGUUUGGAUUUACUAUUGCCGGAAACAUUAUCAGCGUGCCCGUUAUCGAACUGGCGAAUGGCCUUUUAGACAAUGCGACCUCGCCAUUGAUACCAUAAAGAACAUGCGAGCUUGGGGUGGUGUCGAAAACUUUAAUCUUCAACUCCGUCGCCGAGAGACACAACGAGCUACAGGAAAUGAAGAUCGUUAUGAAGAGGAAGAUUCAGCCAUACUCGCUGCGGAUCAAGGGCCUGUCACGAGCAGUCACCAUGUGAAUGACGGAGAUUCUUCAAUGGAAACGGCCUUCAAAGAAGAGCGGGAGUCUAGUUCUGCCGAACCGGAGACUGCCGAAUUUAAAAAGCGUUCUCCAAAAAUAAUACCUCGCCCUGUACCUCACUGGCUCUAUGAUCGCGUUGGGGACCAUAAAAACUUCAAUGAAAUUCUUCAAAUGCUCCGCGACCUUCGACACCAUCUUCAGGAAUUGAUUGAUAGUGGCCACGAUGCCCAUUUUCCAGACAUUGAAAUCUUGCCAAAUCUCCGCCAACAGUCCCCGGUUCUCCGUCCAAUUGCGGGCAAGUCUCGACGAGUCUCUUCUCGUGGCAAUGUCGAGAAAAUCGCAAAGAAGUAA